CUCAUCGAUUCACUAUUAUAGAUGCACUUGCUUUUUUGCCCAUGAUAGACUACUCCGUCCACAGUUGACUCCAAGACCCCAUUGUGUUCAAGUGAGGUCCGCAGGAGAAAAAACAAGUCUAGCAAGAAGUCGCAACAGGAAGAAACCACCGGAGCCGACAAAAUGGCGCCCUGUACAAGAACUGAAACAAUCGUCGAGUACCCUAAUUUGUUAAGUGACCCGGAUGCGCUGGAGUCUCACUUGAAACAAGCCACAGACGCAAUCCUGGCCCUACAGAAAGAAGAAGGCUUCUGGGAAUGGGACUUCGAAUCAGACGCAACCUACGCCGCAGAAUACAUAUUCACAGUCCGCUUCCUCGGCGAAACACCAAACGUCGAGCUCGAACAGAAGAUGGGGUGCUAUCUCCGUCGAAUCCAACUCCCGGACGGAGGAUGGCCGGUCUUCGCCAACGGCCCAACGUCGGUCAACUCCAGUGUGAUGGGCUACCUGGCCCUGAAGAUGAUCGGCGACUCGCCAGAGGAGGAGCACAUGGUCCGGGCGCGCAAGGCGAUCAUGGCAGCAGGCGGAGCCGAGGCCUCCAACAAGUUCAUACGCAUCCGGCUCGCCCUGCAAGGCAUCAUCCCUUGGGACGCAAUCCCUCUCAUACCCGUCGAGAUCAUGUUCCUGCCGCAGUGGUUCCCGUUCCACCUGUCGAAGGUGGCGUGUUGGUCCCGUACCGUCAUCGUCCCAUUGGCGGUCCUCAGCGCCACGCGGGCGGUCGGGAAACCGCACGGCGUCCGCAUCGACGAACUGUUCAACGGACCACCCGAGAAAGUCGCAUUGCCGCCGCGGGGGCCUCAUCACAGCAUCGUCAUGCACUCCUUCUUCAGCGCCAUGAACACUGCCCUGCUUAUGGUCCAGCCAUACAUCCCUUCGAGCCUGCGCCAGAGAGCGAUCGACAAGGCAGUAGCGUGGCUGGAGGAGCGCAUUCGUCCAGGGGAAGGCCUCUACGGUGCCUCUUUCAAUUCCAUCAACGCCUUGCUCUUGUUCGCAGCUCUCGGUUACCCUGCCACCCACCCCACCCGCGUCAUCUUGAGAGAUUUCAUCGAGUCGCUGGUUCUUGUCCGUGAAAAGGAAGCAUAUUUGCAGGUUGUCAGGUCACCGAUGUGGGAUACGACGAUCGUAGCGCAUGCCCUCCUAGAAACGCAGGAACCCCACGCCAAGAAGGCGGCCAUGCGCGGUCUGGAAUGGUUGCGCCCGAAGCAGAUCCUCGACGUGCGGGGCGAUUGGACCUACACCCGACCCCACCUGCUCCCGGGCGGCUGGCCGUUCCAGUUCGGGAACUCCGUCUACCCGGACAUCGACGACACGGUGGUGACCGUCAUGGCCAUGCACCGCGCUGAUCCGGAAGCCUUCGCGGAGGCAAUCAAGCGGGGACGCGACUGGGCGAUCGGCAUGCAGAGCCACAACGGGGGUUGGGGCACCUACGACGCCGACAACGACCACCACUGGCUCAACCAGAUCCCUUUCGCGGACCACGGGUUCCUCAUCGACGAUCAGACCGCCGACGUGACCGGGAGGUGUCUGUCGUUGCUCGGGCAACUGGGCGAGCUGCCGGCGACGAGCGAGGCAGCGCGGCGUGGGAUGGAGUUCGUCCUGAGGAAGCAAGAACCCGAUGGGAAAUGGUGGUGUCAGUGGGGACUGAACUAUACCCAUGGAGCUUGGAGUGCUUUGAGUGGGCUGAAUGCUAUUGGUAUGUCGCAUGAUGAUCCGAGGGUUAAGCUUGCGGUGGAGUUCCUUGUUUCUGUGCAGAACGAGGAUGGUGGUUGGGGGGAGGACGGGAUCACUUACGAGCGGGGGUGCUACGUGACGGCCCCCAGCGCCCCUACACAGACAGCGUGGGCCUUGUUGGCGCUGAUGGCUGGUGGCGCGGUGCGUCAUCCUGCGGUGGCACGUGGUGUUGAAUGGUUGCUCCGGACACAGUGCGAUCACGGGCUCUGGGAGGAAGAGAGCUACCAGGGGGCAUGUGCCCCUAGUCUUCCGUUCCUUCGUUACCAUGGUUACUGCAAGUACUUCCCCCUGUGGGCGUUGGCCCGGUAUCGAAAUUUGAAACGGGAUGGUGUAACUCGCGUGUCCCUCGGGUUGUGAAGGGUUUACGGACAGUAGGUCUAAAAGAAAAAGGGCUACAAAAAAAAGGCUACCUUUUUUGGUCUACAGUCAAAAUGUCUGCAUGAAAAUGCCUAUAAAAUAGUGUCUAUAGGAAAAUAUGUCUGCGGUAUUAAAAUGUCUUUGGUUUGACCGCCUACUCCAAAAAUGUCAAAGUACGUAUUUAUAUCGUCUGGUAAGAAUCUCAUUUGAAAGUGUAUCCCCAAAGACAGGACGAGGCUGUGGAUGCUGCAGAAGCUGAUGCGUAAAAAUUGUGAGUCUUAUUUCGCGAAUAAUUGACCCUAUAAAUAUCAUGUGUAUUUUAUAUAUAUUUUAUUUAUUUUUUUUAUUUUAUGAAUAUAUUUUAUAUAUUUUCAGUGGUCAACAUAAAUGUUUUGACAUUUUCUAAGUGGGCAAACAAACCGUAGACAUUUUAAUAGCGUAGACAUAUUAAUCUGUAGACAUAAUUUCAGUAGGCAUUUUAAUGUAGACGUUUUGACGGUAGACUGAAAAAGGUAGCCCUUUUUUCUGUAGACGUACUGUCUGCAUACCUUGUGAAGAUAUUCUUGACUCAGCUUACGAACAUUGAUUGAGAUGACACGGUCAGGUGAUUUGUAUCACACGUAACGAAUCUUAUUCGAUCAUCCAUGAGAACGAAGACCUCAGAGGACAACUUUGAUGAAUACAGUCGAAAAAAAGCCCACCUUCACUUGUAAUGUUGCAAUUUACUGUAUAGUUUCUCAUUUUGCCGAGAAAAACUAACGUGCAGGUUUUUUUUUUUUAAAUUUUUUUUUCAAAACUUGUUAAUGUUUUUUUCACGAAGGCAAGGACCGUUGAAGAAAAUUUCAACGAGAUGUUUCAAUUUGAUUACUGUGGUCUGGACCAUGAAAACUUGUUGAUCAGGUGUGAUGUCGCUAUCUUGCGCGAGGCAUUUUUUACGAGGCUGUUUGUUCAACCCUGAUAAGUUGGCAAGAGUAAGGCAAUUGUUUCCUUCGACUAAAAAAUUGCACUUUUGCACUUUUUGCAAAUUGCUUCUUUCCAAGAUAUUUAGCGCUCAGAAUUGUUCGUGAUAAGAAUUUGCAUCAGAAACUCUGCCAAAAAAAGGUGAAAAACCGGGGAAAUCUCGGGAAUUUGUAUGUUUUAAACAUUUGAUAAGUCAGGGAAUAUUUAAAUCCAAGAAAUCUUUGCCCUAUAUUCAUGCAACGACGACGUAUGAUUGCAAUGAGUGAAUGGCUCAAUUGUUAAAAGCACCAAAUAAACCUAUCUACCUACCUACCGCACUUUGUUACUGAAAGCAAAAUAAAUUGAAGGAGCUCUGGAUUUUUAAAUGGCUAGGUCUGGAUGCAACUUUACGUGUUCUUGGGAAGUAUGUGUUGUAUACCCAGAAAAUUGCAGGCGCUCUGCUUUUCUUGGGUUCAUUGUACGGCUGUAGUUAUAUUACCCAAGGGUUUUGUACGUUGCAUUUACCAUAAAAUCCUUAAAAUUUGGAUGAGUCGUGUAUGACCAUGUCAGCGUUGUAAAUUAGUGCACAUUGCGGACAUUUUCUUGGUAGUAAUUUGCGGGAUUGACACCUGCGAUGCCUUUGUGUAAAUGUUUUUAUUGGAAAAUGUGCAACAUUUAGCAACGCUGAUAUGGUGCAACACGGCUUAUUCGAACUCGGAGGUCUGCAAGACAAACGCGAUUGUAAAUGCAACUCACAAAACCCUCGAAAUUUAACAACCUCAGCCAUUCCUUGCACCCAAGAAGAUCAGAGCGCCUGCAAUUUCUUGUGUAUGCAACGGGAACAUCCUGAGAACACGUAGAGUUGCAUCCAGACCUGGCCUUAUAGAAAACCAAAGCACGUCUUCAAUUUUUCAGUUAUGAUAACAAAAUGAAGGUGUCACUUAAUGCAUUCAUAUGCCAUCAUUGCAUGAAAAUAGGGUGCUUUAAGGAUUUAAUCAAAUUGAAAAAAAAAGAAAUAAGUAAUUAAAAUACAAGGGUUGAAUCGCAGGUACAUUGGCUCAGUCAGACGACUCAGUCUCUUUUUCUGUGGUCGGUUACAUUUGUUGGUAAAUAUUUUAGAUUUUCAAAACCUCAUGACAGCAAUACACUAGUAGUUUACAUUCAUUGCAAUUGCAAUCGCCUUGAAAUCUGAAUUUUCUGGGAUGACAUUACGGUUGACACUUUAGGUGUAUAUUCUCACGAUAUACUUGGCGUAAGUUAAAAUUUUAUAUUAGCCUGGCCAUAUUUUAUGAUAAGGAAACCUUGAAAGGUUUCAGUGUUGUAAAAAUGAAUGUAAAUAUUGUAUUUUUAUAUUAAAAUCGAAUGGUACCUUUCAAAUUUGUUAAUCAGUUAA